CAUGGACAUUGGUGUUUGAGACAAUGGAUGGAAUGAAUCACUCCACAGUAUCAGAGUUUGUGUUCCUGGGACUCAGUAAUUCAUGGGAGAUUCAGCUUCCCCUUUUUGUCUUCUCCUUUUUGUUCUACUUGGCUGGCAUGAUGGGAAACCUUGUCAUUGUGUUCACUAUAACCUUGGAUGCUCACCUGCACUCCCCUAUGUAUUUCCUCCUGGCUAACCUCUCUGCCGUUGAUAUGUUUUUUUGCUCAAUCACAGCCCCUAAAAUGAUUUGUGAUAUUUUCAAGAAGCACAAAGCCAUCUCCUUUUGUGGAUGUAUUACUCAGAUCUUCUUCACUCAUGCUGUUGGAGCCGCUGAGAUGGUACUGCUUAUCACUAUGGCCUUUGAUAGAUAUGUGGCUAUAUGUAAGCCUCUCCACUACCUGACUAUCAUGAGUCCAAGAAUGUGUCUAUACUUUAUAGUCACUUCCUGGAUUGUUGGCUUUAUCCACUCAUUGAUUCAAUUAGUUUUUGUGGUAGAUUUGCCUUUUUGUGGCCCUAAUGUAUUGGACAGUUUUUAUUGUGAUCUUCCUCGGCUCCUUAGACUUGCCUGCAUAAAUACACUAGAACUGGAGAUCAUGGUUACUGUCAACAGUGGGCUUAUUUCUGUGGGAUCUUUUGUCUUGCUGGUCAUUUCCUACAUAUUUAUCCUGUUCACUGUCUGGAAGCACUCUGCAGGUGGUUCAUACAAGGCCCUCUCCACUUUGUCAGCUCAUAUCACUGUGGUGGUUUUGUUCUUUGGGCCGCUGAUGUUUUUCUACACAUGGCCUUCUCCCACAUCACACCUGGACAAAUAUCUUGCUAUUUUUGAUGCAUUUAUCACUCCUUUUCUGAAUCCAGUCAUCUAUACAUUCAGGAACAAAGAAAUGAAAAUGGCAAUAAAAAGAUUGUACAGUCAUCUUGUGCAUUACAGGAAGAUUUUGUAAAUGAAUUGGCUCUAUGGGGAUCUAUAGAUUCUCCCUCAUGCUGGAUGCAGAGGAAACAUUAAGAAAUUUCAGAGAAAUAUUCGAGACUUAGGCCAUGUUAUGUGCCUAGAGAUCUAGUACUAUUAAAUUAUGGUAUCUAUUUCAUCAUUAAAUUAGAAAUGAUGCUGUUCUUUGAUACUCUGUACAUCAAAGUGUUAAACACCAAAUCAUAUGUCUUUUGUAACUUAUGUGGUCUAAGAAAGUGCCAUGUAAUUGAGCAAAUAAUGGUUUAUCUUUUUUUUCUAUUUUGGACAGAUUAUUCUAUUGAUAGAUGGAAUAUGUGUUUAUAUUAUUUUCAUCUAUUUACUACAUAACCAUUUUGAUUUUAAUUUUCUUUUUUCCUAAUCUGCUUACUUUUUACUUCCCCAGUAUCAAGAUAGUUUGCUUCCUUAUCAGGCUCCUUUAUCUGUCAGUAUGGGAAAUUGUUAAUUUUGUAUUAGAAUUUUGAAUUUAAAGCUAGAAUGAGUAACCAAUAUCAUUUGUUCUAAUCCUCUCUGUUGUACAUGCUAAAACUGAGGAAUUGAACAGUGACUGGAAUGUUUCCAGAGACACACAGCCAAAUAUCACCAGAGAUAGUUAGGCAUAAGAAACUAUCUCUGGAUCCUAGGUCAGUGCCCUUGCCCUUCAAGUCAAUAUUACAUUUAAAUUUCUGCUCAUAUUUCAUUCUUUUAACUUUUUCUUAUGAUUUAUUUGAAAAGUGAUCUUUACACCUCUCAUUUGUAUUCCUUCUUCCUAGUAAAUUCCCAUUAGCAUUGAGCACGUCUUUAUCAAUUCUAAAUCCUUUCCUAAUUUCUACUGCUAACAUAUCAAUACAUUUCCUUGUUCAGGACAUACUAAAAGUGGAUUUUAAACUAUUGCAUUAAUUAUUAAAAAUGUUUAAAAUUCAUUAUUAACAGUAUUUUUUUUGUCUACAGUGGUGUUCAGAGAGAUCUUUAAUUAAAUUCUAUUUUGUAGGCCUAAAGUUCCUCCCAAAUAUUUACAAUUAAUGAUGUUCCUUUUU